AUGGAGCAUGCAGAGGGAAAUGCGUGCCCAGAUGAGCCCCAUCCGCUAUCUGAAGCAGUCGAUGUAAACCAGACUCGGCGAUGGCGGCGGGCGGACCAAGCACUGCGCACUGCAUGCCAAAAUUGCGAUAUUCAGGCCUUGCGCGUGGCGCUAAGCCGUAGUGCCGGGCUGAACCCUGACAAGUCUGGAAAGACGGCGCUUCACUACGCUGCACGUGCGGGUUUCCGUGUCGGGGUGGAUGAACUUCUGAAGUGCGGCUUCGAUGCAAACAUUGGCGAUAGCCAUGGCGGACGACCAGUGGACGAUGCAGAGCUUGGCGCUGUCAUGGCUUCGACAGAAAAGUUGCGACAAGCAUGCUUGGAGUGCCGAGAUUCCCUGGUGCGCUACAACGGCCGCCGAUGCGACCUGCAGGCACGCGACGAUGCUGAUUCAUUUCUUCAUCGUCGGCAGUCUCUGGAAGAGCGAGUGCGGACUCGAGAUGGCCCCAAUGCUCAUGUUCCUUGGCGAGAUGAUCUUGGUGAGCACCAUGCCAUGCCCUACCCUCCAAGUAGCAGCACUCGAGCAACCAGCACGUCCGACACUACGGCUCCAACAACUCCGUUGGGCUCCAUGCCAAAAGAGAGCACGGGGUGCUGGACCUACUACGGAGACAUCCGGGAAGCCUAUAAGAACCAGGAGUUUCCCACUGACGAUGAGUACGCAGCUCAACCGAUUGAGCACAGUUCCACCAACGUCUUUCUGGAUUCGGAUCAGCUGGAGGACUUGGAUUUGAUCUUCAACACGAUCCGUGCCACGAC